GCUCGACGGCAAUGGUGGCAAGCGAGCAAGGAUUAAACAGCCUGUCACGCGGGCAGUGUGGCCGGUGUCGAUGAGUUCGGCAAGAACGGAACACACGUAGCCAGCAAUCUUGGCUUUAAUCAAGAAGCGACGAGUCUGAUUAAAACGUUUCCCACGUGAAACCAUACGAUUUCAGAUCUUGUAAGCUUCAGUGCACUGUCCAAAACCUGUCACGAGGCAGAACGUACGAGCUGUGAAGUACGGAGACGAAGAGUGUAACUGUGUUCGAGGCAUCGUACACCGUUCUGAGCUCUCUGGCUCGUGUGGAAUCACGAGCCAGAGAAAGGUUCUGUAGACAUCUCUCCACUAAAAUUCCAAUUCUGCACAAAUCGCACCGUAUCAAUGAAUCCUCAUUAAAGUCACCGAUUUCAUCUGGCACCUUAUAUGAGCACCAAGGACCCCCAUUACCUCGUCCUGACCGCUCCGAUUGCCUGACGUCGUGCGGCUGUACCCAUGCCGUAAUUUGCGCGGCCGCUGGUUGCCAGCUGAUCGAUUGGGCUUGGUCGCGGGAGGUAAAAUGGCCCGAGGACGACGUCUGGAGUUACACGGUUAAGAGGGCAGAGUCACAGAGGACUAGAGUGUAGAGAGUCUUGUGCGGAAUCUGCAGACGAAGUCUUGCGACGUUUCGGUCAGACGUACCGAGUACCGGUAUGAUUGUUGAGCUGCGAUUCCCGAAUUGAUGGUGCGUGUGACAGAGCUGAGGUGUGUGUCUGCUCGAAGAGCAGCACCGUACAGUAGAGAGUAUAUCUGACACCGAUGUCCUACGGAAGGAUAUCUAAUACAGAGUUCAGGCAGUCUGGGAAAAUAAUAUUAUAAAUCUGCAGCCAAUCUUCCAAGUCGCACACUUCUUAUCGGCAUCACAUCAUGCUCUGCCCCGGCCUAGCCUGCGAGGUCGGGUCGAGUCGAGUCGGGUCAGCGGCAAUCAAUUUACGCUGUGCGUUGAGGUUCGGCCUGGCUCGAGUCAACUCGGAGCAGAAGCCAUCACACCCAUGAGGGCAGUAUCACUUCCCAAGUCACCCCUCCCCGACGCGAGACGGAGACAUGCAGAUCUAACUUCCCGUAGAUGUGACACAUUGUACGUGUUCCUCUGUUUGUUGUGUGGAGCACGUUCCUGUGAGGCAACAUUGGCUUCGUGUCCUCUCGUUCUAAAAGACAGUCGUAGGAAGAAGCGAAUGCAAGUACGCCCUCCAUUAAUCCGCUUGAUUGAUAGAGCGGUAUGUGGUGUUGAGAGAAUGACUGAGUAGGAGAUGUAGUGUUUCUACUGUCGCUCUCAGUUAGUUGCUCAAGAGAGUUACGGAACUCCGGAAGUAGUCAGCAUCUACGAGGGUUUCUGUGAAGAAUCUUCUCUUCUACAUCGAAUAUUUUUUUGGAUGUUUGUUUCCAGCUGAGUCUGAAGUGAGAGAUCCCCUUCCACCUCCCAGUGUUGACGUGCAUGCAUGAAGAGUUUUCGAUUGGUGUUACUCCGUCCUCAAACUUCCAGAGAAUGCCUUCGUCACAUAUAUUGAGGUCUGUGCUAGCAAUCCCCUUCCGCCAGUAGCAGGCUACGGCUUUUGUGAAACACACAUUUCUUGACCAGAGCAUCAGUUCCUCGAGUGGAAUAUCUGCCAGAAUGGCGAUACUGCGGAGCUCGUCCAUUUGUACUGCAUUCAUUCUUCUAGUCAGUCCAGUAUUAUUUCAAGCCUCUUUGGCUCGUUCUUUAGACGGUCACUGGAACCCCAAAAAUCCAUCCUGCCCAACUACCAUCUUCAACUUCGGAGAUUCUCUAUCGGACACGGGGAACGUAAAUCUAGUGUUCCCUUUCAUAUCUGACCCAGAGAAUCCCCCCUACGGUGAGAAAUUCUUCGGCAGACCUGCGAGAAGAUUCUGCAACGGACGCCUUGUCAUCGACUUCAUAGCUAUAGCCUUCGGUUUCCCUCUCCUGGACCCUCACACUCUGACGGUGGCGCACAACUACGCCCACGGGGCAAAUUUCGCAUACGCCGGCGCCACAUCAUCCAGAGACAACUUCUUCGUGCCAUUCUAUCUGGGACUGCAAACAGCUCAAUUUCUGAGAUUCAAGAGCCUCACACUCGCAGCACAACAAGAGGAUGACGCCUUUGAGGAUUUCAACAGGUAUCUGCCUGAGGCGUCCAGCUUCAGCUCCGCUUUGUACACGAUCGGAAUAGGCGGAAACGAUUUUUUGAGUUCAUUCUUCCGCAUGGAAAACCCCCAGCAGAUUAUCAAUGAGAAGGUGCCCUUGGCUGUGCAAGGAAUCGUAGACGCUGUCAAGAUCCUUUAUCAGCAGGACGCGAGGAACUUUUUGAUCUACAAUGUUCCUCCCGAAGGAUGCUCUUCUGUAUUCUUGACCGUGUUCAGAGAUCUGGGACUCCCCAAAGAUGAUCUCGGCUGCCUUUUGCCUGUCAACCUGGUGAAUCAAGCUUUUAACGCUGCCUUGUAUAAAGCCAUUCAAGAUCUACGAUCAUCACUUCCGGGUGUAACAAUCAGCCAGUUCGACUAUUAUUCAGCCAACCUCGAGAUCCUAAAGAAUCCAGCCACUUACGGCUUCAACCCAGCUUUGACUCAGACGACUUGCUGUGGAGCUCCGGGGCAGGGAUCUUUCAACUACAACCUAAACAUUACUUGCGGGCACCCAGGGUCUAGCGCAUGUUCAAAUGCAGAUGAGUACGUCAUUUGGGAUGGAAUUCACUUCACUGAAGCUUUCUACAGAGUGAUUGCUAAGUUUGUCCUCAACGGCCAGUAUGUGGAUCCGCCAGUAAAUCUGACUUCUGAGUGCAACCUCAGCUUUGAAAAUUUUGGUCAGACCACAUACUCUGAAACUUUUCCUGGCGGCAGCCUUCUCCUAUAAUACUACAGCCUUCCAGUCGGCUAAUUUCAAGUGGCAAUUCUUUAUUCAAUUGAAGAAUUACUAUCUCUUUCAAUUAUAUAGAAGUAAAGUAAACUUAUUUAAAUGAUGCAUCAAACAACAUCACUGGACAUAAUUGUUGUCACCCAAUUGAUUCGAAAGAAUAAAGUGCUGUUUACAAACUGA